AUGGACAGCAUUGCCGACAUGGAACGAAUCGUCCAUGACCUCAAGGUUGACCGAGACACUUGGCAGGCCGUGGCGCUCCAAUACAAAGAGGCUUUCGAGACGCAAUCAAACCGCCUGCAACAAUUACAGGACGUAUGUUUUGCCGCGCAAGCUGAACUAGAGAACGAGCGCGCUCAACGUCAACGACUUCGGGUAGUUUCUGAUGGGCGCGACAACCACCGCCCUACAUCCCUCGAUGGUGUUGAAGAUCUUGAAGUUAAUUUCACUUUUGGUACAGCUGCAGUGUAUGCACCAAUCAGGACUGAGCAUCUUCAACUACGUUUGUCUUCAGAGGACUGCACCAACCCUUUGUUCGAACGCGUGCAGGAGUGCAUUACCCAGCGGAACUACGGCACUGCUUUGGUCGAGGUCGAGCGUCUUUUACGCGGCCCGCUUAGCUGCAAAGCCCGCGCCGAAGGCUUGCUCCUAAAGAGCAACAUCCUACGCGCUUCAGGACCCGAUGCGCUCCUCGAUGCGCUAGCUACGUGUAGCGAAGCCGUAGAUCUAUGCGAUCGUCUCUCCGAACUCCAGGACUUCUUACCUAGGAUACGAUUUCAGCGCAGCCUAUUAUGUUACGAGCUACGUCUACUGCACCAAGCCCGAGAAGCCUUCAGUACCAUCAGUGACAACGAACUACUUCCUGCUAAAGCCGGCGAGCUUUCAAAGUCUUACGAUGAUGACCAGCAUCUGCUGCGCUGUACCAAGCGUCGGUCGGGCUUUGAUGAGAGUCGCACUAUGGAAGGCUUGCUCGCUCAACUGGAAGAUAAGAAUGCAGAGAAUAAACGCAGACGUACGAGUGCGCAACUUAGGCAGCGCGCCGCCGCAAAAGCGAGACGAGUGUCUUUACCCUACCGCUGGGUUAAGUCAACGAGCGACGGACCUCACCGAGAGUAA